CAACAGCCACCCGCACCCCAGUACCUUAAGCGCGGUAACAAGAAGCUUAGAGUCGUGGGGAGAUGUCGAAACAUAUACCCACGUGCAUCGCAUUACCCCGCAAAGUGCUACCCCGCAAACCUCAUCCCAGCAAGACCGGACUGGAAGCGUGGGUAUAUGUACUGCAGCAUGCCGCCAUGUGGACGUUUUUACUCUUCAGUUUCUUGUUGCACUCUUGGUUGUAAUUGCUUAACUCGUCUGUUCCAUCUUGCUUAAUCUUACACACUACAAUGGCCGGCUGGGAUGACAUCACUACGGCACUGGGGGGUAGCUUGGACAAGCUCAAAGAGCUUGUUGAAUCUGACACUCAGCUCAAGGCUUUUACAUCUUCUAAAGCGAUCGACAAGGCUGUAACCUUCGGCAUCAAGUCCAGCGGCUCAGAUAACACAUUGCUCGUAACAGUCACGAAUGGAAGCGUGAAGGUCAGCACUGGCUCGCCCAAAGAUGCUUCCUUCACGCUCUCGGCUCUAUCAGAGCAAUGGGAACAACACUUCAAAGACGUUCCUGCUAUGCCCUACCAGAGUUACUGGGGUAUGUUUGGUAUGAACAUCAAGCAGAAAGGUGUCGAAGUUCAGGGCGAUCAGGUCGCCUUUGCCCAAUGGAUGCAUGUCUGGAGACGUGUUCUCGAACUCGCUCACGACGCCCAUUGUGGUCCUAUGAAGUUGGAUGAGCAGCAGCCUGAGCCCGAACGCGAUUUCCUCACUGGCCGAUAUAUAUAUCUCAACGCGCCUGUCUGGGGAAAAUCUAAAGUCUUCUACGAGUACUCUGGCGAAGGUAAACAGCAGAUCGUGUUCUUGCACACUGCUGGAAGCGACAGUCGUCAGUACCACGGUGUCAUGAACGACGCCAGGAUGCGCAAAAAGUGCACUAUGUAUGCUUUCGAUCUACCCGGACAUGGACGAAGUUUUCCCACAAAGAACCUGCCCCCAGGAGCACACACAAACACGGAGGAUAGCUAUGUUGGUAUCAUAGCCGCGUUUGUGAAGGGGCUGGGUUUGCGGAGACCGAUCAUUUGUGGUGCGAGCAUGGCGGGUCAAGUCUGUUUGGCAGUAGCUAUUCGUCACAAGGAAGUGGGUGCUGGUGGAACGAUUCCUCUGCAAGGCUCGGAAUAUCUCGACAUGGAACGUGUGUGGUAUGAUCGCUCACCAUAUGUCAACCAGUCUCUUUCCAAUCCCGAGUGGAUUUAUGGAAUGAUGGCGCCAACCGCUCCCCUCGCAAACAAACAGCUCAUAUGGCACACGUACAGCGCCCAAGCCUACGGAAUCUUCCAUGGAGAUCUAGAUUACUAUUUUGGCGGCUGGGAUGGCCGUUCUCGCGUCGCCUCGAUCGAUACCCAAAGUUGCCCAGUAUACAUGCUGACUGGUGAGUACGACUGGUCCAACACACCUGAGAUGGCGCAGAAGACAGCAGACAAGAUCCCAGGCGCCAUGCACAAGUCUAUGCCUGAUUUGGGUCACUUUCCUGCGACCGAGAAUCCACAGAAGUUUGUUCCGCAUCUGUUGGAAGCUAUCGACCAUAUCCAAAAGGUCAAGAGUGACAAUAUGUCUACAAUGAGGUUAGGCGAUGGAACCGAUUGAGAAUCUGUAUGUCAGCGCAGACAUGGAUAUUGAGAUUGUUGAUAGUGGAACGAGGCAAUCAAUGUUGCGUCAC